UUUACCAGCACGUGCGGCUCCUAAAAGGGGGAACCAAACCGUCAGUACACAACAUCAAAGAACAGAGAACUAUGCUCGCUAUCCGUCGUGCCGCUGCCGCCGCCCCCAAGCGCGCCUUCGCGUCGCCCGCCCAGGCCAUGGGCUUCACCGAUCUUAAGGACAAGGAAAAAGCCGCUGAGGCCGUCUUCUUCAACAAGCAGGAUGAGAAGGCGCUGCGCAAGCUGCUUCAGAAGAUGAAGGGCCAGACUGACGUCGUGGACAAGGAAGGCCUCAAGCACCACGUUGAGCACGACAAGAAGGGCCUGAAGAGCAUCCCUGGCCUCAACUUGACCGACGAACAGGUCAACGAGCUGCUCAAGUGGAAGCACCAGCAGUAGGUCGCUGAAACAGGCUGCUGCUCUCUCUUCUUCGUCCUUAUUUCUUUCAGUCAGGCUUUAAGCCUUCGCUCGUUUUGUCGCUUCGGCCCCAACUGGAUCCUGCUAUAGCUUCGAAACAGGAACAGUCAUCCGAGAGUUCGUCCUGAUAGCCUCGUUGGAGUUUCUUUAGCCCUCGUGGGUUGCAUUCGUGCUUAGCAGUCGUCUCGUACCCCUCUUGUCCAGUGAGAACGUGCGAGAUUGGGGAUUGCACGAGAAGAAGCGAACGAAAGAACAGGACGGUGAAGAACUGAAGCAGCAGCCGUGAACAAAGCAUACAAAAUCACAUCAUACCCCAACAAAACAAUAAAAAGCUAAUUAACCGAUCUGAUCUCGAACGUCUAAAGUCGGUC